CGCCUCUCUCUCCAAGGCUAUAAAUACGGGGGAGUCACAAAGCUCUUCUCAUCAUCCCUUCAAAAUGGCAUACUCCAAAACUUUUCUUCUUCUUGGACUUGUGUUGGCUGUCCUUCUACUCGUCUCCUCUGAGGUUUCAGCCAGAGAGCUAGCUGAAACUAAGGAAAAUAUGCAAUUGAAAAGUGUGGAAGAAGCCAAGUAUGGUGGUCAUGGACAUGAUCAUGGACACGGGCACCCUGGCCAUGGUGGGCAUCCUGGACAUGGUGGUGAGGAAAACAUGCAAAUGAAAAGUGUGGAAGAUGCCAAGUAUGGCGGUCACGGCUAUGGCUACGAACAUGGCCAUGGACACGAACAUGGACACGAAUAUGGACAUGGGCACCCUGGACAUGGUGGUCACCCUGGACAUGGUGCUGGUGAGACAAAAGAGGCGGAAACUGAGUCUAAUAAGAAUUAGAUGACCUUUAUAAAUCGUAUGCAUGUUUUGUGUGUGCAAAUAAAAUGAAUAUGUAAUGUAUGUAUGUUUUUAAUGUGGAAUAAAGCAUGCUGUUAGCAUGUGCCACAGUGUAUUAGUCGUGUAAUAUCAUUAUCAAGACUUUCAUGUCUAUCUUCUAUCUAUUUGCUUUCUAUGUAU